CAGGUCUUGUGUUUGUCUGUCUGUAUUGGACACAUCAACAUGAGCCAAGAAGAAGUUUACACCAAUGUCAAUUUGGCCAUUAACUUUUUGGUUUCCCUUUUGAAGAAGAAUUGGCAGAACGUGAGAACUCUACACAUCAAAAGUUCCAUGGGACCUGUCCAGAGAAUUUAUUAA